AUGAGUGGGUGUAAACCUCUUGAUAUUCCUAUGCCUCAAAAUCUUAAAUUGUUGCCUCAUGAUGAAAGAAAGGGUAAGGAAGAUGAGUUACUUGGCAAUCCAAAGAGGUAUAGAAAGUUGAUUAGUAAGCUCCUUUAUGUGACUAUCACUCAUCCACACAUUUCUUUUUGUGUGCAGACCUUAAAUCAGUUGAUGCAUAAUCCAACUAAGGCGCACAUGGUAGCAGCAAAAGGGGUUGUAAGAUAUCUGAAGGGGUGUCCUAUAAUGGGACUACUUAUUAGCUCAGAAGGAGAACCAGUGUUGGAAUGUUUUUGUGAUUCAAAUUGGGUUUCCUAUGGAAUUACCAAGAGAUCGGUAACAAGCUAUCUGUUGAAAUUUGGUGGCUCUUCAGUAAUGUGGAAAGCAAAGAAGCAGAGCACAGUGUCAAAAUCUUUAACAAAAGCUGAAUAUAGAGCUCUCAGCAUGGCUACAUUUGAGAUAGUUUCAACAAGAGUAUUGCUUUAA